GGUUAAUAAAGAUAUUGGGGUGAAAGGAAGAUAAUUUUUAGUGACGUAAAACAUACACAGGUUUCGACAUGAUAUGAAAAACCUUACUUAAUAAGCAAGAAAUAAAUGGAUAAAGUGAAAGACUUUCAAAAUGAAGCAAAAAAUUUACAGACGAUAUUUGGUGAUUGGUAAUUAGAAUAAAUUGAAGUUUGGCGCAGAGAGUGCAAAACACAACAAUGCUCGUUGUCUGAAAAAGCCAAAGAUAAUUUGGCAAUGGCUUCAUAUAGCGCUAAAAUCGUAGAGAAGAAAUAUAAUAACUGGGUUAAAGCUCAGUUAGCUGUACUAUUUACUAAAGAAGGCAUUGAACCUUUUAUAUGUAAUGAAAUUAAACAAUUUCAAUUGAAAUGCUUAGAUGAUAUCUGCUACAAUAAUAGACUACAGAGUGGGACUCUAUGCUCCAGUUGUUGCACGGAAAAUGUUGUAAAGUGUCCUACAAAUAAGAUAUGUAAUGUUGGGCGUGGAAAAUGCAGUUAUCAUAGAAAUGCUGCAACAAAGUUUAAUCCUGCUGGAUGUCCAAAUCAGAUAUGUCACGAUUUCAAAACUAAAAUUCAAUGUGCGCACAGGUUCUACGGCCCGUCAUAUAAAAACACCGAUGCUUCACAGUGGUGCAGUAGUUCCUGGGAGGUAGCUAAAUGCUUCAUGCCACCAGAUGGAUAUGCAGAUAAAAUUUCUUUUACAGAAACUGAUUUCAAUGGAAUCAUUAGCGUUAUCAUCAACUUCAAAGACUUUCAGGUCAGAGUACAUGAAAACCUCAAUAACAAUACCAAUAUAUUUGAGCAGGCAAAGGUUAUUGGAAGGCAUGUUAGGCAUUCGUCUAAAUUAGAAGUAGAGGAUACAGAUCUUCAAAAAUACUUCAAAGUAUUACAACAGCUACUUUCUGAUCCUAUACAUUUAGCUACAGAUGUACAUGCGCAAUCUGCCAAAAAGAAACUUACAGAGCUAGCAAAUGACACUUUAAUCAUUUGUAAAGACGAUGUCAAAAAAGCACUUGACGAUGUGGCAAAAGCAGUUCAGGAUAACACGAAGACUGCAAUAAAUGAGGAAUAUGAAAAAAUUAAACUAGACAUGAUAAAAAGAAGACAAGAAGAUCUGUUAUCUCUAGAGUCAAAAACUUCUGAGGGAGUGACGCAGAUAGAAUAUUCUGUAAAAACUAUUAAAAGCGUAACUGAAAGCGGACUCCAGACAAUAGAAAAUGAAAGAAACAAUACAAUAACAGUUCUAAACGAAAAGAAAAAGGACAUAGAAGGAGCUGUAGAAAUUCAUACUAAAAAAAUGAAGGAGGAGUGGGACAAGAAAGUCGAUGUUAUUAAGGGUCAGGGGAAUGAGGAAAGAACAGCCCUAAUCAAUUUAGGACAGACUUUACAGAAAAGCCUUGUGUCGAUGAGUACAAACGAGAACGAAGAACAAUACAUCGAUGCUAAACGGAAACUUAAGGACGAUCUAAUUUUAUGGUACAACACCAAUCAGAGUACAGUUUCUCUUUCACCAGUCACAGAUGAUUUUAUUACCCAACUAGCUGGAUUUUAUGUCAUGCCCGAAAUAGAGAUACAGAAAAUUGUAGUAGGCGGAAAGAAAGAAACAACUAGAGUUGAAUCGUUACAUGAUCUGUUCACAUCGGAAAGAAAAGUUCCAAAGGAAAUAUAUCUAUCAGCGACCGCUGGGUUUGGGAAAACUGCGUUUGCUAAAUAUCUUACCAUAACAUGGUGCCAAGCGAAUAAAAAAGAUGAAAACUACAGUUGUUUUAAAGAAGAAGAGUUAAAGGCUUUAUCUGGCUUUGAUUUUUUAUUCCUGGUGCUUUUAAGAGAUUCAGUUAAAGUAUGUCAUGUUGACGACAUGAUCGAACAGCAAAUAAUAAAAAAUCUUCCGUGUUCAUCAUCAUUACCGAAGGAUUUUCUAAAAGAUCUUUUUCGCAAUGAAAAAUGUCUAGUUAUAUUAGAUGGACUGGAUGAAUGGACUCAUCCAGUAAAUGAUUGUAGUAGACAUCCAAAAGCUAUUCCUCAUCGAUUUGCACGAGACAAGUGUAUAAUCUUAACAACAACCAGGCCUUGGAAGCUUGCAGAUUCAAAUAUAAAGACAAGUCAAAUAGAUAGAAUAGUAGAGCUAGUUCAACUCAACAUAGAGAGUGCAUUACAGUUUAAACUUAACGCAAUGCAUAUAUUGAAAGGCAGCCUUGAAGAGGAUGAACUGAAAAACCAAGUCUGCAGUUUUGAAGAAGAAAUUAGUGAACAUGACCUUGAAGAUGUGGAAUCCACCCCCCUUCUUUUACUCUAUCUGAUAUGUUUAUGGGUUGAGGAUAUUCCAAUAGGAAAUUCUGUGGUUGAUCUAUAUGCAAGCAUUAUUCAGCUCCUUCUUUAUAGAACAGAAAAGAUACAUGGGGAGCUGCAUCUAUCUUCUAAAACGUAUCAAAGCUACAUUCCCAAAUGUUUUAGAAAACAUAAUCAUUGCUGUAAAUAUUACACGCUUUUAAUGAUACUGGGAAAACUAGCUUUCCAUACUUUGAUCAGUGAUAAUAGAGAAAGCAAACUGGUAUUUGAUAAACAUGUUGCGAAAAACUACCUUAAACAAGAAGAUCUUAACUUUUGCCUUCGUUCGGGAAUUAUUACAGAAAGUAAAGUAAAAACGCUAGUGAGGGAAAGUUCUAAAAUCUCAUUUUCACAUAAAACAGUACAAGAAUUCUUUUUAGCAAUGUACGUUAGUUUUCAAAAUACAAGUGAUGUUCAAAAAAUCUUGAAAGAGUGCACCUGCAUACAAAACAUUCUAGACAUGUCAAAGGUGUUUAUCUUUAUUAGUAAGAUGAACCCUAAAUUAAUGUCUAAAAUUUCAAGCGUUUUGAUGCAUGUGGUCGACUACGAUGAGAAAACAGGCAAAUACAGAACAAUGACAGAUUAUGAUUACAGAUAUGCUGACGAAUUAAAAGACAUACAAGAUAUGUUUAUGGCAGCUGCCAAAGAAUGUCAGAAAAACAAGGAUCUCAAAAUAUGUUUACAAGAUGUCUUUAUAAAUGAAAAAUGUCAUGACGAAAACUACUUCUGUCAUUUACAACAUUUGAUUCUUCAAAAUAAAGAAAACAUAAAAUCUAUUAAUAUUGAAAACGAAGGUAUAUGUAGUACACGGAAACUUAUCAAAUUGUUUGCACUCUCUGACCUUCCAAAAAUAGAAAAAAUAUACUAUAACGGAGAAAUUAAAGAACGGGAAAUGAUCAGGUUAUUAUUGAAGCCAUUGAAAUGUUUAACUGUGAUGUCAUGUAAAUGGGAAAAUAAUGACUUUGUUGAAAAACGUUGUCCGCUGUCUUCUGAUCUGAAUGGACAUCUGAUAGAAUUGCAACACCUGCAGUGUUUACAUUUAAGCUGUUUCAUAAUGUGCCACUCGGAAAUGGCGGCCAUGUUUGAUUUCCUAACCGAUAAAAUAUCUAUGAUGGAUAUAAAACUGCUCAGUUUAUACUGCAGUGAUCAUGAUACUUCAUGUAUGGGGUUCAACUUUGACAUUUCUGGACAUUCACACCUAAGAUGUUUAGGAUUGCACGACAUACCUGUGUCACAAUUAAACAUUAAUGUAUCUUUAUUAGAAGAAUGUACUGUAGGUGAAUUAUUCAAGCCUGAUGUUCUUAAAUCGUAUCUCAGGCGCCUCCCAGCAGCCUGUAAACUGCAAACACUUGAGUGUGGCGAUUUAGAAUCUUCCGAUGACAUAGAAACAAUGCUUCAAACAUUACCACUGUUACAUCAUGUGAAAGAUCUGAGAUUACAUGGAAUCAAUCUAGGUGAAAGAUCAAUUGAACUGUCAUGUCAAAUGAGUAAUAUUGAAAAUGUUAUUUUAUGGUAUAUGACAAUGUCUUGUACAGCGUUGCAUGAUCUCAUUACUGUUGUAAGCGAUCUUCCACAUUCAGUUACAGUAGAGAUGAGAGGUUGUGAUAUCACACCAGAAACAGAAUUUGAAAAGUUAAAAGCGUCUGCAAAAGACUCGGACAAAAUUAUGGUGACCAUUGAUGACACCAUUCAGUCUGGAGAGUACGUGUUUGAGUUUAAAACAAAUACCAACUUGAAAUAAGAAAUAAGUACAGAGUAACGUUACUAAGGUUCUGGCUUGGGCGAAUUUUAGAAACCGUUUAUUUAGUUUAUCAUGAGCAAAGUAACAUAUAAAAUAGGCAUCUUUUUUAUAUUGAAAUACUAGUAGACAUUAGACAAUACUAUGAAACGUCAAAAUAAAUGGAACUACGUAUUGAAUCAAUAAUUCAACGAUUUUGUUGUUCAAUUUAACAAAUAAUUAUUAUUCUAUGGAACAGUGCAUGUAAUCCAAAAUUUAUUAUGUAAUACGACUACACCUUUAUAUUAUAACAACAAUCACUCAUUGAGAAAUAUUCCUGCGGUUGAUGUAGGCCAUUGGGUUCACAGUUUGGCACAACUCGUAAAAUAUAUUAUGAACAAUGAAAAGAAACAGAUUGUGUUGAAACAUUUGGAAUAAUGCUUUAUUUAUUUGGUGGUAAUAUUAGUAGUCGUUAACAUUUCUCUUAUUUUUAAAGAAUCGAUUACAGCACAGGAAUUUGAAAUAUUAUCAUAGAUUAUCAAAAACUCCACUUUGUUUUUAUCAAAAACCCCAUCCCUAUAUAAUAUAAAUAGAUGUAUAGACAAAUGGUAGUUUAUAUAAUUAUGUAAUGUAUAUAUUAGAAAGUUGAUAUUUCGGAAUGCAUUGGAAUGAGUUUUAUUAAAUAAUUUUAGUGGCGUAUUGUGAAUUACACACUGCUACACAUAACACUGAAUUUUAUGAGUGUUAAAUGGUGUAUUUACACGCUAAACAAGCAUUAAUAUAAAGCAUAUCUUUAGCUAUCUUUCUUUACAAGGUAAAAUCUAAUACCUUGGGGAAAGUAUUUCUUGUAAAAAUAGUAUUUCACAUUUUUCUAGAAAAGAUUUGUUCUUUCUGUGUGUAAUUGUUAGUUCAUAUAUUUGUAUUUGUGAAUUAGAAUUUCAUUCAUAUGAAUUUAUGAACUCAGCUGAAUACUUUGUACAAGGUAAUAUUUCAAUGCUAUGGAGUAUUUCAUUCUAGAGAAAAUGGUAUCUGAUGUUUUCCAAGAGACAGACACCAGUUUUCAGUGAUUGUGUCUAAACUCGAAUGGAUACUGUUUUUUUUUUAAAUUGUAUGUGUAUUGAGAUUAAAUGUAUUGAUUACUGUAAGACUGUUUUCAGUAGUUUAUUUAGAUCAUUUAAUGUUUUGUAUGCUUAUAUAUAUAUUUAACUUACGUGUCAAACUGGAUUGUAUUGUGUUUACAGUGAUGCUCGAUUAAUCAUUCUCCAAACGCCAACCAUGUCAGUUUAAAUGACGUCAUCGUGCUACUUCCGAACUUGCGCAAUUGCUUUUAUAUAUAAUUUAUCAACUGAAAUGGAUAAAUGUUUGAUCGUGUGUGUUAGUGUAUGUGAGAUGUUAUUUUAGCAUCAAAUGAAAAGAAAACAUAAUACGAACGGAAAACAUCAAUAAAACUGCUUUACUAUUGUUGCCUUAAAGAAUUGAAAACUAUCUUAUGGGAGGGAGGAAAAAACAGCCGCAUGUACAUGUAGUCCCAAACCAGUACUUAUUGGUCUUGUGUUCUUUGUUUCUAGUGACACAAUCACUAGUCCUGUUACAAUAGUCUAUUUACGCAUGUGGCAAAAUUAGGAAUCAGUUCAUAUGACUAUGCUGCAUUAUAUAUCGUAUGUCAUUUUUUUGCAAUUUAAGGUUGUGUCAUUGUUCAUUUAUCUUAAUUAAUAACUAAUAAAUAUCUUAUUUUGAUCUUUGUGUCUUUAUUAUUCAAAGUAUAAAUGUUAUGUAUCUUUACAAUACUGCAUUCUAUGUUACCAGUAUUGAGUUUUGAACACAUUUUAGGGACCUAUUUUGUUAGGACUAUACUUUCAGGGAUAUUCUAUUUAUAGAUUUAGAGAUAAAUCAUGUAUCACCUUUUUCAGACAAUUUACUUACUUAAAUAAUUAACUUUUUGAAAUUUAAUAUUAAAAUUAAGAUAAGUUUACUUAAGAAAUAAUUUGAAUUAUCAAAAACAGUGAUUUUAUCGCUCAAUAAAAUCACUGUUUGGAGUUCGGAAUAAUAUCACAAGGGCGUAGCCCGAGUGAUAUAAUGAUGCGCAUCCGAACGACAAACAGUGAUUUUAUCAAGCGAAAAAAUCAUUGAUUUGAAUAUAUUAUUUCGAUUCUAACACAUUAACAAAUAAAUGCUGCCAUACCUGAUAUAUUAAGUUCUAAAAAGAAAAAAGUCUUGUUAAAUUUUGGAAAUUUUAUAGCACAAACAUUUAAACGCAGGGAAUUAAACCAACAAAAUCUUCAGACAUAAUUAUAAAAAUGUUAUCUUGUUAGUAGUAUUACUUUAUUUCUUUUUAUUCUCCUUGUUUUGUUAAUACAGUCUAAAGAUGUAGUUGUAUCAUUGUAUGACACUUUGCAACUAAAUAAUGUUAACUUUGAUGAUAACGUGAUGUUUAAUUAUAUUUGAAUGUAUGUAUUUUGUGACCAUGUGCAUUUUGUACACGUCUUAUAUGAAUAAACUAUCUAUCUAUAUAUCCUGAUAUUUACCUAAAUUGUGCUUGAUUUUUUCGUAGUUAUUUUCAGCGCGUCACAUUUUUAUUGGUUAUGUCAUAUAUAUAAUGAUUACGUCACCCGUCUAAGUAUAGAACGUCAAACAGGGAUUUUAUUGCAUAAUAACACACACUUUCGGUUCUUCAAUGUUCAAUAGGGAAAGUGCCGGUCGUGGUAGAAUAUUUUAAUAGUGAAAGUUACAGUAUUAUUCUAUUUAUAGAUUGGAGUAAUCAAACCUGUAUAACUUACUUAUGAACGGAUCAAACGAUUGUUCCAUUAAUGUUAGGGAAUUUAUACAAAAAAUUAGUCAUUGUUUGACUGUUUAUGGAUUUUAUUAUGUUCAUUUGAUAAUUUUAUUUUGUAUUUUUUAGUUGUCAAAGCAGCACGCCUCCUGAUUCAUGCUAGUUUCAUGAAAAUUUUGAAAAUGCAUUUGAAUGAAAAAUAUGGUGAAGUAACCAAAAGGAAGUAAUUUACACGUAAUAAAUGGCACUUAAAAUCCACGUAAUUUACCAAAACGUGGUUAAAAUAUGCAUAUAAUUAUAGCCUUUACUGCGUUAGUAACGCAGUAGAAAUAUAGUUGUAAAUACUGAAAAAUCAGUCAUUAAUCGCACAUAAUAUGUAAAAUAUAACUUGAUUCUUGUAAUUUUUUACUUUUCCGAAUAUCUUAGUACAUUUUUCUCAAGUUUGAUUUGAUUGAAGUAUUUUGACUCAUCUGGAGGCUUGUAGCUUUAAGGUAGCAUACCCCUGAUGGGCACUAUAAGGAACUGUAAAAUUGACAACAUAAGAUAGUAUUUUGCAUAAAUGUCACCUAUAUGCAAAAUUUAAACCAAAUUUAUCGUGUGGUUUAUGAGUUAUGGACAUUUUUCUGAACUAAAACUUUGCCAUUAGAAGGGCUUUUUUCAGAAAUGAGGAAACUCUAAAUAAUCGAUAACACAGCUUACACUCCAUCGUCCACAAUGACUUCAGCUUGCAAUCAAUAUGUUUACCGUAAAACGCAGAAAAAGGUAAAACUGGUCAAAAUAAAUAAAUCAUUGAGUUGUUUUACUUAUAUGUAUGGUACUGACAUAAACUAAAUUAUUCAUAAUCAAUAUUCUAAUGUUAAAACAUAUAUUUUCAGACAAAAUGCGGUUUCUCACUCAGAUUUCCCGAAAAAAAGCAAAAUUGUUUGCAUCAAACGACGAUUUCAAAGCUUUAAACCUAAUAUUUGAACAAAUCUUUUUGAUUCUAUCGAAAAUUAUGUUCUACCAGAAAAAUAAACAAUUUUAUUUGUAAACGUCUUGACUACGAAUUAGCAACUGUUGAUGUUUCCUCACUGUCCGGUUGCUUAUGAGGACUUGAAAAAAACUGUACCGUUGCCUGGGAGCAAACUACAAGUUUUGUUUCUAUUAAAAACACAAUUCCUGAACAGUUGGCCCAUUUUAAAGGUUACAAUGGCAUUGACAUUGCAUGUAAACCAAACAAAAUGAUAUGUUGGUUUAAUAACUAAUGUAUGUGAACGAAAAUCUUAAAAAAGUUUAUAAUUCCCAUGGAGAAAACGAAAUCAGUAGAAGUUUCAAGAAUUCCUGAAUCCUCUCCAUUUGGCAAGUGUGCUCGAACUUAUACACCAACAAAAAGCAUCCAUGAUUGUCCAAAUUUAAACAUUGUUGAAACGACUGCUGAUGAUCUUAGCGCAUAUUUUGUUGAAAUGCAAUUAGACGUAUUUGAAAAAACAUUUUCUGUUCAAACAGAUUCAACGAUAACAUUAGAUUUUUCUUAAAAGCCCACCUAGCCUUGAAGAGAGAGAAGAAAAGUUAGACAGCGAUGUUAAAAAGGUUGGUGAUUUUACAACAAUCAUUGAAAAACUCGAUCAGAAAGGUAUUGACAGUAUUGCCGAAGCACCUGAAUUCAACAGAAACG